AUGAUCGCCAACUUAGAUACGGAAUGCAAAAAAACUUCAUUGUCACAUAAUGUAUCUUUUAACCUGCAAUUUCUGAAGAUUCUUAAUAUCACAACAAAGAAAGCACGUAAUAAACGAAAAUGUGAUAAAAAUGGCUUGUAUAAAAAGCAAGAAUUAAUUAAAUAUUUGAAAACCGAAUUACUAACUUCAACUACUCACGGAGUACCCUAUUUUGUAAAGGAUAAUAUACAUUACUUAGAAAAGCUUUUCUGGGUAGGAAGCUUUAUAAUAUGCGUAGUACUCGCGAUACUAUUGCUAAACCUGCAGUUUUUAAGAUUUAUUGCGGCUCCGACUGUGAUGAGUGUUGAGAUGAACUACUUCGACUGGAAUAUUUCAUAUCCUGCUAUAACUCUCUGUCCACUCUAUAAAUCUGAUGUACCGAGUUUUAAAUUAAAUAUUAUGAAAACAUACAACGAAACUGGAUUGUCUAUCGAAGGAUAUUUAUGGGCGAUAUCACAAGCUGCUCUUGACACAUUAGAAUAUAUGGAUUUAAGUGCUCCCGACGAUGUAGUCGCGCUAAUUCAUCCGAAAGAGUACGCAACAACGGCAGCUUUGUUGUUCAGAAAAUUUCAAAACACGUGGUUGGCCACUAAUACGAACUGGUCCAUUACUGUGGACGCAGCCAUGACGGAAAUGGGCAUGUGCCACGUGAUUAACUCCAAUGUUGCGAUAUACGACGAACCUCAUUACCUACCUGAUUUUGUAUUUUCUAGUUCGUGGAAAACGGCUACAGCUGCUACGCACGUCAAGAAAAACAUUGAACUCUCCAUAUUUGAAGCGGAUUUCUUUACUGAGAUAAAAAAUUAUUCAAAUGUUUACAAGGUGUUCAUACACAGUCCCGAAGAAGUAACGACAAGUACAACAUCAUCCUUUGGCGUUGACGUAGAAGGAAUUAUCGAAUUUGGUUUGUCUGUUUGGAGUAGUAGAAUAUCAGAUGCAUUACGAUAUAUGCCACGCUUCCUUAGAAAAUGCAGAUUUAGUCACGAACCUAUAAGCGAAAGAUAUCCAAUUUACUCACAUAGCCACUGCAUGAUGGAAUGUAGAAUCAAAUUGAUAAAGAAACUAUGCGGAUGUUUACCACAUUUUUAUAAACCAUUAGAUCAUGAGCGUAUUUGCUACAUAUCAGAAUUGAAAUGCGUCUUGAAACAUAGAAGAGAAAUAGUGACUUUACAGAUUUCUAAGGAAACAUUACAGAAGUUUAAUUACGACAAAGAUCUGCCCAGAAUAUCUCGUGACUCUGCCUGCCUUAGCACUUGUGACCUGGACUUGUAUUAUAAGGAUAAGGAAGACUUUGAACCUAAAAAAGGUUUAAACAUACUGGAAAUAAAAAUCACAUCUUUCCCAAAAGUAAGAGUCCUAAGAGAUAUCAUUUUCGAUAUUUAUGACAUCGUGUUAAGAAGCGGUGGCGUUAUAAACUUGUGCAUUGGCAGCUCAAUUAUUUCUAUAAUGGAAAUAAUUAUAGCAAUACUAAAAUAUUGCGUGUACUUUUUAAUAAAGAUACUUCAAUCAAUGGAAAAUCGUGUGCUAACAAUGUUUUACAAAAUGAAAAAAUAA